GGAUGAGCUGUGUACUUGUACUUUUGUAGCACAAUGGGACGGGGUCGUUUAUAGUUUAACAACACAUUCGCAUGAGCCAUUUCAGCCUGACAUACAUCAAUGUAAAAAGCGAAUGCCAUAUCUGUGAACUGAAUGUGUUUCAACAGUAACUGAGCAGUAAUGGCGACUGUGGAGACAGAGGUGGAUGUGGUGGUGGUUGGGGCUGGGAUAUCUGGUCUAACAACAGCUUAUCACAUCCUGAAGAGGUGCCCCACCAUGACAGUGGUAGUAUUAGAAGCUAAAGACAGGGUAGGAGGCCGCACAUUAACACAGGAGCUAAAAACUGCUGAUGGCACAGACCUCUGGGACCUUGGAGGCCAGUGGGUAGGCAGCUCCCAGACCCAUAUUGUAGACCUGGUGAAUGAAUUGGGGCUGGAGCUGUGCCGUCAGUAUACAGAGGGCAGGAAGUACAUGCAGCUGGGUGGCUAUAGGCUCCGAAGUUACUCCUCCAGUCUACCUUCAUUAUCUCCCCUUGCUCUUGUGGACCUUCACAGAUUUAUUACAAAGAUAGAGUCAAUGAGGAAAUGUGUAUCGAUGUCCAAUCCUUACAGAUGCUCACAGGCAGAGCUGUGGGACAGCAAGACACUGGAGACAUUUAUACAAGAAAACUUGUGGACCAAAGCUGCCAAAGAUGCCAUUGCAGCUGCUGUGAGGUGCAUUCUGGGAGUUGAAUGUUGUCAGAUUUCUCUGCUGUAUUACGUGACGUACUGCGCAGGAGCUGGGGGGAUUGAACGGCUCAUUGAGACAACAGAAGAGUCUGCUCAGGAUUUUUUAUCAAGGAUAAAUGAAGGAGGCUCACAGCAAAUAAGUAAGGAGUUGACAAAACUUAUCAAAGAGAAAAAUGUUCUCACAAAUCAGCCAGUUUUCAGUGUACAUCAGGAAGAGGAUGGUGUGAGGGUGAGGUGUGGUUCAGGACAGAGGUACAGGUGUCAGAGGCUAGUCAUUUCAACACCCCCUCAUCAGACAGUUCGUAUUAAUUUCCAACCACCAUUACCAAUAGAGAAAAAAGAAAUUUGCCAACGGAUGCCUGUGAGUCUGCUGAUAAAGGUGAUAAUUACAUACCCAGAGGCUUUCUGGAAAAAUAGAGGUGAUUGUGGAGAGCUGGUGACAAAUGGCGGACCAAUCAGAACCAAAGGUUGUUUGAAAGGCCCUGUAUGUAUUACAUACGAUUGUACGUCAGCCAACGGGAAUCCAGCUUUAGUGGUGUUUAUGGGAGGUUCGCCAGCAAUAGAGUGGAGCCGUGUGGAGGCAUUGGAUCGUCAGAAAGCUGUGUUGAACACUCUGCACCAGGUGUGGGGCCAGAUCGUCUAUGACUAUUUGGACUAUCAGGAGAAGGACUGGAGUAAGGAGCCCUACAGUGAGGGCAGUCCAGUCAGCUGUGUGGCGCCAGGGGGAAUGAAGUACUUCUCAAGUGGACUCCGACACCCGUUCCACAAACAGUUAGAAAGGACAGGUUCUCUAGAAAGAAAGUCAGACAGCGGGCGGUCAAAAACUGCCUGGAAGAAAAUCUUCAAAAAUGACUGUGUCUUCCAGCAAGACAGCGUGCCAUCCCAUGCCAGCCGUGCAACACAGCAGCAUCUUGAGGAAGUGACUCCUCAAUUCAUAACUAAGGAAGAGUGGCCACGGCAGAGCCCCGACUGCAAUCCCAUGGGCUACUCUGUGUGGAAUUCUCUGAGCGAGAAGGUUUAUGAGGGUCGAACGGAAAAAUUCACUGAGGAUGAACUAAAAGCCCGCAUCAAGGACUGCUGGAAAAAAUUACUCUUAAGGAGAAUGAGGGCUCAAUCAGUUCAUGGAAGAAACGUUUGCCCGCCGUCCACCGAGAAGAUUGAGGACCAACUGAUCACCUUUUCAAGUAAAACAAGGAUACAUUUUGCUGGUACAGAGUCUGCUACAGCUUUUUGUGGCUAUAUGAAUGGGGCGGUACAGUCAGGAAUUCGUGCAGCCACUGAGGUUCUACAUAACCUUCAACCAGACCUUGUAACAGAUGAUGAGCUGGAUGAGACAUUUUAUGGCACAAAAUCACACGAGCCUGAAAAUGCUGGUGAUAGCCCGUCCUUGAUUGGCCGUGCUGUCAAAUGGAGUGUUAGGGUUGGACUCGUUGUGUCAGGAGUGAUCAUUGGUCAUCGCUUAGUUUCAAAAACCUGAAGUAUUUGUAAACCGUUAUAGUAGAGGGAUUUGUCUGUAAUUAUUCAAAAUGAUGAAUAAGUAUGUUUAAUUUUUGUCACCAAAGUAUUUUUAGACGCAUUAAUGUUUAUCUCUAUGUGGGUGAAACGUUCCACAUUGUGUGUACAUGUGUAUAUAUUUCUUCACAUUUGUUUUUAAAUUUUAUUUAAUUCUUUGCACCUACUGAAGUCAAACAAGAACAAUUUUCAGAUCUUCUGUUGCCAGUGGUUGCCAUAUUCAUGUAUCUUCACAGGGGCCUCCGCGGCCGAGGUGGUUAGCGUGUCAGCACGGCGCAAUGACCCAUCAGCCUCUCAAAAAUGCCGUCGCUAUGAGUUCCAGUCCUGCUCCUCCAAAAUGCUGCCGACGGAUAAGUGAAAUAUUCUUGAGUGCGGCGUAAAACAGGAAUCAAAUCAAUAAAUAUUUCUUUACCAUUUUUAUGAUUUUAUAAUUAUUAAGUAAAUUUUCUGUUCCUAAAUUUAAACUUUACAAAUGCCCAAUCUGUCUGAGAGAAUUUUAUCACUUUAGAUAAUAAUUUAUGUGAAAAAAUGUAAAGAGUACUUAAUAACUAUGUUCCCUUCAGUAUUGACAGUGAAAUAUGGGGAGACCAUUAAAUGUAAGGAAGGUCUUUGACGGCAUACAUUAAUAUUGGCAGGCUAUAGUUUUCAGUGUGUCAUAUCUGUUUUGAUAUCAGGUGGCCCAUUGAUCAUACCCCCAUGUACUGUCACCUCUAGCGGAAGUCUCCUACGCACACAUGACAUGUAUGUGUUGUUAAUUUAUGUCUAAAUAGCUUUAAGCUUCAAAGCAACAGCGUCUCAUAGCAUAUUGAUGACAUUAUUUUUAUCAACACUUUGAGAAGUAUAAAUAGUUUUAUCAGCAGUGAUUGGAACCAUCUUGUGUGCCUUUGAUGAAAGUACAAAUAAAUCUAUUUUCAAAUAAUUACCUUGGAUGUUAAAAUGAUUUCGACGGCCUAUUGGAUAAGACAGUGUGUUCUGCCACAUGUGUGAAGAGUAAAGUAUGACAAAUGGUCUCCUCUCUUUGUGAGUAAAAUAAAGAGUAAUGAUAAUUUCAUCAUUGGUUGAAUAUACAUAUGACAUCUACACGUUCUAACAGGAAUGACUGCUAAGGAAUGAGAUUGUUCAUUGCUUGAAUAAUCACCGUGUUGUGGCUUUGCAUACGCCGAGAAUUUCCAAAACAGCUGAUACUGUGAAAUUAGUUUCAGUGAAUUGGAAAUGCUGAGUUGAGGUUUUCAUGCCGUUAUAGCAGUUUAUAUCAGAAGAUAGUGCGAAAGAGGGGUGAUUUUCUCCAGGCCCUGCCCGGUUUUAUUUAGGAUUAUCUUAAUUCCAGGUUUUAUCCUUUACUCAUGGUAUGGUUCCCACCACUUAUACACCUGAUGCCAUUAUGUAACUGAACUAUCCGGCUGGCAGCCUUAAAUCUUACUGAAAUAAAUAAAUGAGUUAUCUUUGCCCGUGCCCAUGGUCUUUUUGAAGGUGAUAGUGAGAUGAACUUAAAUCCUGUAAUUGCAUGCCAACUCAUCGAAAUUGUGAGCUUCGUUUGAUGUCAUAUAGUUCAUAUACGACAAAGGAAAAUACCCCGAGAGAAUACAUAGGUUACCUGACUGAAUAAAUAAUCUGAUAAACGUCAAACGUUUUCUACAAGGUAACUUUUUAUGUUUCAUGAGACUAACACUUUUCUUUUUACUGACAUUUGAGGGGAAUAAUUAAUAAGUUACUAGCAUGCAAAGCGAUCUCCAUGGCUAUGUACCG